UAUAACCUCUCACUGCCUCCCAUCCUUUAAACACAGCAGAAAACCUUCAGCCACACAGCCUCAGCAGAGAAGGCUAUUUGGCUGUUCAUCCACCUCAACCAUGAUGCCAAGCCAGGAUGGGUUGUCCACAACCGGUGACAACCUGCUGCAACCUCCCGAUCAGGCUCGUGGCUCAACCAGGAACAGACCGAGACAGAGCUCCCCUGCCCGUAAACUGGGGAUGACCAGGAGACAGAAGGACAGGAGGGACUUUAAAGAGAAUGAGAACCCAGAAGAGAAGGAGCAAAGACAUAAGGAGCAAGAGCUCAACCGCUGUAUAAAGAAGCUGUUGUACACCAUCAUCCAUAAGCUGGGGAAGCCAGCCUCGAGCAGAGUCUUCACUGAUAACCAGCUGCACCAAUACAUCCAGAGAGGUGGACAAGCUUUCUCUAUGGCAGAGGAUGAACACCAGAGUCUGACAGAGAGGGUCCAGGACACAGAGCCUCCAGUCUACUGUCUGAUGGCCACUGUGAAGGAAGCCAAGGGCAUCCUGGGAAAAGACGUCAGUGGUUUCAGUGACCCAUACUGCUUGCUGACCAUCCUGGAGGAUGAGAAGGAGAGCAAGACACGACGGUCCAGAUCUAAACCCCGUAAAGCCGUGGUGAAAGACGCCGUCUCAGACGAGGAGGUUUACACGACAGAAACCAAGAAACAGACCCUCAACCCCAUCUGGAACCAGACCUUCGUACUGGAGUUUGAAGAACCCGGGGCAAGCUUCCACAUGGAGAUGUGGGACAGGGAUGAGGAGGUGUCUCUGGCACAGAAGCUUGAAGAGAUCAGAACAACCUUCCAUGGACUGAGGAGAUGAAUAACAGAUGCUAAGAAAUUAAAAGGCCAGGAUGAUUUCUUGGGAAACAUUGUUCUGAGACGAAAGGACCUGAAUUGUACAGAGGAUAACUGGUAUGUUCUGGCGAGAACAGAGACGUAUCCAGAUCGGGGCCAGUUGUCAUGCCAGCUCAAAUUCACCCACAAAAGAGACGGGACAUUGAGUGCAGGUCGUAGUGCCUACGUCAACUACUGUGGGAUCCUACAGCAGUUUGGCCAGUCACACAUCUCUAAGCAACAGGGUAGUGGUCCGUGGAAAGGAGACUUGUGUGGGGAAGGACAGACCCUGUUGGAACUAUACGCCACUCAGAAUGACCUCUCACCUUUCCUGCAGGAUCUGGCGAAGUGGGUGGCCUACAGUAAACUUUACCAGAGUUUAGAGGUGGACUCCUCACUGCUGCUGCAGCAGCUGACRAGUAUAGAGUACCACUGGCACCAACAGGAGCUGCCCUACCAACAGAAACAGGAGCUAGGGGACUCUCUCCAUGGUUUCCUGCAGUACGGACUGUGUCUCGUGGCCAAAUACAGAGACAUAUUUCCCCCAACGCAGGACGCUAACCCUCGCCUACAUACACUACUCAGAAUCCUGUCUCAGAUAUGUAAGACGCGGGCGUUUCAGAAACUGAACCCGGCUCAGUUUGACCUGCACGACGAGGUCAAUGACGCGGUGCAUUCUGGUACACAGGAGUGGUUCUCCAUUAAGAAGGGGUUACACCAGCCCAUGACCAAGGACCUGACAGAGACACCACGACCGCACAGAACGACUGUAUGGAGGGAGAUCACAUUAGAGGGUUUAUCAGGUAGGAGACAGACGACCGCACAGAACGACUGUAUGGAGGGAGAUCACAUUAUCUGUCUUGAAUACGAAGAAGGUCUGACUGUUAAUCACAUGAAUGGACUUGAAUGGGUUUCUCUCUCUCUGUGUAGUGCUGUGCAGGCUGAUGUGUUCACUAUAGUCUACCAAAAGCUGGACUCCCUGUUGGCGGGGGAGGUGAGGGACACUCUAAACCAAAUGGAGGGUAAGAUGGAGCAGAGUCUAGCCAAUGGCUUGUUCCCUCUCUACCUGAGUCUACAGGCCAUCCACAAAGACAAGGCCUUACUACAGAAAAGUGUUAAACUGUUGGAGCUGACUAACUUCCAUGAGGGCUUCGUGAGGCGGUUCCCUAUUGUGAACAAGGCCUUCAGCACCACUCAGGACAGGUGUGGAGAGAGCUGUGCAGGUGACCAGCUGCAACCGCUUCAGUCGGGGAUGGCGCCCAUCAAACACAGCUCAUCAGCCGUAGACCUGGUGGCCUGUGUCCAGCCCAUCUGUCAGCUGUGGGAGCAGCUCUCCUGGCCAGACCCUGAGGAGGCCUUCAUGCUAAUGGUCAAACUCACUGAGGACGUGUGUAAGAUCGUGGUGAACUACUGUCGUAUCCUGAAGGAGCGGGUCAGAGAGCUGUCUGAGAACACUGACCACAGCAGCGCUGUCAACAAGCUGUGUGUWGUAGUGAAUGACUUGGAACACCUGAGGUCAGUGCUGAUCCGCCUGCCCCAGCAACUCAACUGGGCAGGGCUUCGAGAACGUACCCUUCACGUGAUAGGGGACCCUCAGUUCCACAACGUGCUCCCCUCACAGCUGCAGCAUGCACAGGGGGUCCUCAGCAGAGAGAUACGCUCCGCCUUAGAGACCGUUGGACGGAAGCUGAAUUCAGACAUUGAGACAUACGUCCGCAGCAUGUCUACUCGACACAGGCUCCCCUCCAAGUCCACUGAAGAUUACACACUCCAGGUUAGUAAUGUACUGCAGUACACACUCCAGGUUAGUAAUGUACUGCAGUACACACUCCAGGUUAGUAAUGUACUGCAGUACACACUCCAGGUUAAUACUUUCUUAAGUACACACUUCAGGACAAUUCUGACUGUGUUGCAGUGUCUUGAGCAGUGUUUUUAUGCUGAGGGGAACGGACUGCCACUGGAGACCCUACACACAGACGACUACAAAACUCUGAAAUCUCACUUGACACACAACUCUCUCAACUGCCAGCAGCUCAUAGAGAAAUUCCUGGAUAUGAAAGUAUGGGAACAGAAAGUUUACAGUGGAGAAAAGUACGGCGCGGUCACACUCAUAGCAUCCUACAGGAGGUCUGAUCAUAGACUUAGAGUGGAAGUGUUGAAUGCAGCUAAUCUCCUACCCAUGGACUCCAACGGUUCCAGUGAUCCGUUUGUCCAGUUGUGUCUGGAGCCUCGUCAUGUGUUCCCUGAGGUGGAGCCUCGCACCACCCAGAUCAAGAACUGUGACCUCAACCCCCUUUUCGACGAGGCCUUCGAGUUUAUGGUGUCAGUGGAGCAGUGCCAGGCUGUGGGGGCGUGUCUGGUGGUGACAGUGUUGGACUAUGACACCCUGAGAACAGACGACUUCGAGGGGGAGGCCUUCCUGGCUCUGAAGGCAGUGCCGGGGGUCGGAGGGGGGCCAGGGUACCAGCCAGACCCUUCCCCGGCCCAGAUACGCCUGCCGCUCAUGCACCCCAAACCAAACGAUGACAGUAUUCUGAAGCUGUUGGAGUCGAGGAGAGGAGAGAGGGAGGCCCAGGCGUUUGUGAAGAAACGCAGACAGAGAGAGAAACAGUCACAGGAGGAGAAACAAUGAGAAUAAUAACAAAAAUAGACGUGUAUUUUAUUGUUCUAUACCAAAACAGACUCAAUUAAACACUGUUGGUGGAUGCAGUAAAGGGAUGGACUGUGUGCCAGGUGUGUGUCUGUGUAUAGUGCCGGUGUUCUUCACAGUGAUCAUGUCUUUUCACCGGAUAGCAACACAAGCACACACACCCCUGCUGUGUCCAAAGCAGAGGUGGUACCUGAUAGCUGGUGUGGUCAGUGCAUGGGGCAAUUAUGACAUACAAAAACAAUGUAUAUUUGACACCCAUUUGAAAUACUGUGAAAUAUUAAAAUGCUUACAAAUGUAAAUUAUGCCCUCCCCCC